GGGGCGGAGAAGGAUCCGGAUCCCUUUAAUCCGGAUUAGAGGGACGGAGGAGGAGGAGGAGAGAGCGAGAAGGAGCGAGUCCAGGGAGAAGCCCAGCCCGGCCUCGCCAACCGCCGCCGCCGCCAUGGGCAACUGCCACACGGUGGGGCCCAACGAGGCGCUCGUCGUCUCAGGCGGCUGCUGUGGCUCUGACAACAAGCAGUACAUCUACGGAGGCUGGGCCUGGGCCUGGUGGUGUAUUUCUGACACCCAGAGGAUUUCCCUAGAGAUAAUGACGUUACAGCCCAGGUGUGAGGACGUAGAGACGGCGGAGGGGGUAGCUUUAACUGUCACAGGUGUGGCCCAGGUGAAAAUCAUGACAGAGAAGGAACUUCUAGCGGUGGCCUGCGAGCAGUUUCUGGGCAAGAACGUUCAAGACAUUAAGAACGUGGUCCUUCAGACGCUGGAGGGGCACCUCCGCUCCAUCUUAGGCACCUUAACCGUAGAACAGAUCUACCAGGACAGGGACCAGUUUGCCAAGCUGGUGCGUGAGGUGGCCGCCCCGGAUGUCGGCCGGAUGGGCAUCGAAAUCCUCAGCUUCACGAUCAAGGAUGUCUACGACAAAGUCAGUUACUUGAGCUCCCUGGGGAAGACCCAGACGGCUGUGGUUCAGCGAGACGCCGAUAUUGGAGUGGCAGAGGCUGAGAGAGACGCUGGCAUCCGGGAAGCUGAGUGUAAGAAGGAGAUGCUGGAUGUGAAGUUCCUGGCAGACACCAAGGUGGCCGACUCCAAGCGUGCCUUCGAAAUGCAGAAAGCGGCCUUCAGCCAGGAGAUCAACGUGAAGACCGCAGAGGCUCAGCUGGCUUACGAACUGCAAGGCGCCAAAGAGCAGCAGAAGAUUCGCCAGGAAGAGAUCGAGAUCGAGGUGGUCCAACGCCGGAGGCAGAUCGACGUGGAGGAGAAGGAGGUCAUCCGGAUGGACAAGGAGCUGACCGCCAUGGUCAAGCUGCCAGCGGAGGCCGAGGCGCACCGGCUGCAGCAGAUUGCGGAGGGGGAGAAGGUGAAGCAGGUGCUGGUGGCUCGGGCCGAGGGAGAGAAGAUCCGGAAGAUCGGAGAGGCCGAAGCCUUGGUCAUUGAGGCCAUCGGCAAGGCGGAGGCGGAGAAGAUGAAGCUCAAGGCAGAGGCCUACCAGCAGUACGGGGAGGCGGCCAAGAUGGCGCUGGUGCUGGACGCCCUGCCGCGGAUUGCUGCCAAGGUGUCGGCUCCUCUGUCCAAAGUGGACGAAAUUGUCAUCCUCAGCGGAGAGAACAACAAGAUGACGUCGGACGUGAACCGACUCCUGGCCGAACUUCCGGCCUCCGUGCAUGCCCUCACCGGCGUUGAUCUCUCCAAGGUGGGCCAAAGAGACCAGAACUCAGGGGUCCUUUCAUUUGACUUGUUGUUUUUUAUUAUCUUAUUUGUAUCUUUUGAGCGCCAAAGCGGACAACAGGUGUUGGCAAUCCGAGCUGAGGAGGGCUUUGCUGACUGA